AUGAAUUGCACUUAUCAUAUUAAAAAUCAAGUAUCAAUGAUAUGUAUAGCUUCUCACAAUUGCUAAUUUUAAAGGAAAUUGUGUGUAAAAUGCCUUUAUGAACAUAAAGUGGAUUUGAAAUAUGCAAUUCCGAUUGAUGUAUUUCAAGAAAGGGUUACUUAGAAAUUACAUGAAUAUAAACUUGAUGAGCUGUCUGAAAUUAAAUAAUAGAGGAUGGAUUUUAAAUAUAAACUCUCCCACAUUGAAAACAUUUUAAGAAAAAUUUGGGAAGAAGUAUCAGAAUCAAUUUAAUAGAUAUAUGAUUUGAUUGAACAGAAAAAUAAAUAGUAUAUUAACCUAAUCUAAGAUAAUUAAAAUAUAGCCGAUUCUUCUUAUUCUGAUUUAGAACAAUUAGUAUCAAUUUUUUAAGGAAAAACAUUAAAUGAUUGGAUGGCUUAGAAAAAUUCUUAUUUUUUUAAAUUGGAGAAGGAAAAAAAUUGGUUAGAAUAUGAAGUUCAUGCUUUUAGUGAAAAGUUAAAGAAAGAAGUGAAAGAGAUUAUGUCAUCAACUAUAAAUACAUCAAUUCAAGAAAUAGUAUAAGUUUAUGAAAGAACAGAAGAUAUCUAUGAGUUGUUGGCCUAAUCAAAAAAAUUUGAGAAAUAAUUAUUAAGCAGAAUUAUUGAAAUGUUAAAAAGAGAUAAAAUCACAGAUUGUCUAUUUUAUCUUUCAAACCCUGAAAUGCUAAAAUUAUUAGACCAAACUGGAAUUAAUAACGGUUAUCUCAUUACUAAUAUUCUCCAAAAUAUUUGUGAAAUUGAUUUUAAUAAAAAAAAUAACUCAACAGAAGAUAUUAUAUAAAUUAGAAAGUAAUUAAUUAAAAAAAUUGAAAAAGAAGAGAAAAUAUUACAAUUUUUGAAAUUUAUUGUUCAACUGACGGCUAUUGACGAGAGAUUUAUAAAAUGUGGGUCUGAUUCCCUCAAAUUAUUAGUAGAAGUAAAAAUGGAUAUCAGAGAACAAAACUUUGAGAAUAUCAGGAUUCAAGAUAUUUCGUUAAUUGGCGCUAAUAUGGCAAGUUGUAAUUUGAAUGGAUCUAUUUUUGAUAAUGUAGAUAUUACUGGUAUGAACUUGAAUGGGGCUUAAUUGUUCAAUUGUAAAUGGAGAAAUAUAAAAAUACAUGAGUUAAAUAAAUUAGAUGGUCAUAGCAGCGCUGUUAGAUCAGUUUGUUUCUCUCCUGAUGGUACUACCUUAGCAUCUGGUAGUUAUGAUAACUCUAUCCGUUUAUGGGAUGUCAUGACAGGAUAAUAAAAGUUCGAAUUAAAAGGUCAUGAUGGAAUUGUUUAUUCAGUUUGCUUUUCUUCUGAUGGUACUAUAUUAGCCUCUGGAAGUGAUGAUAACUCUAUCCGUUUAUGGGAUACGACUACAGGAUACCAAAAGGCUAAAUUAGAUGGUCAUGAUGAUUGGGUUAUAUCAGUUUGUUUUUCUCCUGAUGGAACUACAUUAGCAUCUGCUAGCGAUGAUAACUCAAUUCGUUUAUGGGAUGUUAGGACAGGAUAAUAAAAAUUGAAAUUUGAUGGUCAUACUAGCACUGUUUAUUCAGUCUGUUUUUCACCUGAUGGUACUACAUUAGCCUCUGGUAGUCAUGAUAAUUCUAUCCGUCUAUGGGAAGUUAAAACAGGAUAAUAAAAGUUCGAAUUUGAAGGCCAUGAUGGAAUUGUUUAUUCGGUCUGCUUCUCUCCUGACGGUAAAAUAAUAGCAUCAGGUAGUGAUGAUAAGUCUAUACGUUUAUGGGAUGUUAAUUUAGGAUAAUAAAAAGCCAAAUUAGAUGGUCAUAAUAGUGGAAUUUAUUCAAUUUGCUUCUCUCCUGAUGGUGCUACAUUAGCAUCUGGAAGUUUAGAUAACUCUAUCCGAUUAUGGGAUAUUAAAAUAGAAUAAUAAAAAGCAAAAUUAGAUGGUCAUAGUAAUUAUGUCAUGUCAGUUUGCUUUUCUUCUGAUGGCACUAAAUUAGCAUCCGGCAGUUUAGAUAACUCCAUCCGUUUAUGGGAUGCUAAUGUAGGAUAGUAAAGAGCUUAAGUAGAUGGUCAUGCUAGCUCUGUUUAUUCAGUGUGCUUUUCUCCUGAUGGUACCACAUUAGCCUCUGGCAGUAAUGAUAAUUCUAUCUGUUUAUGGGAUGUUAAGACAGGAUAAUAAUAAGCCAAAUUAGAUGGUCAUAGUAAUCAUGUUUUGUCUGUUUGUUUCUCUCCUGAUGGUACAACUUUGGCAUCUGGUAGUUCAGAUAAGUCCAUUCGUUUCUGGGAUGUUAAGACAGGACAAUAAAAAACUAAAUUAGAUGGUCAUACUGGAUAUAUCAUGUCAGUCUGUUUCUCUUGUGAUGGUGCUACAUUAGCAUCUGGUAGUAUAGAUACCUCUAUCCGUUUAUGGAAUGCUAAGACAGUGAGAUACGAGCAGCCAAAUUAGAUGGUCAUAGUAAUUAUGUUCUGUCUGUUUGUUUCUCUCCUGAUGGUACAACAUUAGCAUCUGGUAGUUCAGAUAAGUCUAUUCGCUUUUGGGAUGUUAAGACAGGAUAAUAAAAAACUAAAUUAGAUGGUCAUUCAAGUUCUAUUUCUUCCGUCUGUUUCUCCCCUGAUGGUACCACAUUAGCCUCUGGUAGUAAUGAUAAUUCUAUCUGUUUAUGGGAUGUUAAAACAGGAAAAUGAUAAGCCAAAUUAGAUGGUCAUACAAGUUAGGUUUAUUCAGUGUGUUUCUCUCCUGAUGGUACUACAUUAGCAUCUGCUAGUGAUGAUAACUCUAUUUGUUUAUGGGAUGUUAAUACAAGAUUAUAAAAAGACAAAUUAAACGGACAUAGUGGAACUGUUUAUUCAAUUUGUUUCUCUCCAGAUGGUACUACAUUAGCAUCUGGUAGUAAAGAUAUCUCUAUCAGAUUAUGGCAAGUAAAGACAGUAAAAUGAAAAGCCAAUUUAGAUGUUCAUACUUGUUGUGUUAAUACAAUAUGUUUCUCUCAUAAUGGUACUACAUUAGCUUCUAUUUAUUUGUGGGAUGUUACAAGCAGAGACAACAAAUUCCUCCUUCAGAUAAUCGUUACAAAGAAAUUCUACCUGCAAGUCAACCCUCAAUAUUUAGCAACAAUGUUCUUUUAGAAAUUCUUAUCUUACGGUACUUUGUAUUUCCUAAAGUCUCAAUUUAGAAGCCCAAGAAGCUUUAAUCUUUUAAGGAGAAUUUGUUAAUAAUUAAGGUAUAGAUUUGCGAUAAUUAUUCAAAUCUAAAGGAAGUUGCAUUUUAGAAAGCCAAAUUGGAUUGCAAUAACAAUAAAAUUGA